CUGCAGCAGGGAGGUGAUGACGUCACGUUUGCUGCUUUAAAAAAAUGGUGGUUGCUGUGGAGCCGGGAACCGGGAGCUUUAGAAACGGUUGGGGUUGUGCUUGGCAGCAGUAAGGACUGGGCAGCAGGUAAAGUGGCCCAGCGAGGAUCAGCAGCAUGUCCGGAGACUGUGUCGUGGGGGGCUUGGUGCUGAGUGAGCAAGAGGAGAAGCGCUUCUCCGACCUUUUCUCAUUGACUCUCGCAGACGCCGAUACCACAGGCAGAGUUGCAGCCGGAGCUAAAGUUGGCGAGUUAUUCCGAGCCUCGCAGCUCCCUGCAGACACUUUGCACCAGAUCAUGAACCUAUGUGGUGCGAAGCAACUGGGUUAUUUUGGCCGUAGUCAGUUUUACAUUGCCCUGAAACUAAUAGCUGCAGCCCAGGCUAGCCUUCCAGUACAGCUAGAAAGCAUUAACUGCGAAUUGCCUCUUCCUCAAUUCCCUGCACUGAAGAUUGACAAUGAGAUACAAAAAGGAAACCUGUCCCAAAGUGCAGAAAUCCAUGGGCAAGUGGGGCGCACAAUCUCAUUAGUGAGCUCCUCCAGAGGCAUAGAGACUGUGGCAGGAAAAAUGGAGCCUGUGUCUGCAGUUCCAUUGCCCUUCAACUCUCCUCCUUCUUCACCAUCAUACCAAAAGAAUCAAGCAGUAAGUGGAGAUGGGAGACCAAGAUUUGGUUUUGAUCAAAACCAAACAGCCGCUCACGAAGGAAGCCCAACAGCAGGCUCCAUUGUAUAUCCAAGUGGACAAACACAUGGGAACUAUAUAUCCAAGCCUUCACUUCCUCACUCUAUUUACACUCUGAAGCAACCAACUGUACAACCAACAGACCCAGAAAUACAGGAGGACCCUUCGGAUGACACUGAUGACCCCUGGAGGAUAACAGAGGAACAGCGAGAGUACUACUUCAAUCAGUUUAAAACAUUGCAGCCUGAUAUGAAAUCUCUCAUUUCUGGUUCCGUUGCAAAGGACCUCUUUACAAAAUCCAAGCUUCCCAUCCGAGAGCUCUCUCAUAUAUGGGAGCUCUCUGAUGUGGAUUGUGAUGGAGCGUUGACACUGUUCGAGUUCUGUGCUGCCUUUCACCUUGUCGUAGCUAGGAAGAAUGGUUAUUCCUUGCCAGCCAUGCUCCCAGAGACACUGAUGCCUGAAUAUCUACAGAGGAGUGAAGCGUUUCCACAGUUGACGCAUGAAGUUGUACUAUUGGGUUCCACUGGUAACUCGGCUGUUGAGUCUCUAGCAGGGCAACAGCAAUGGAUGAACUGGAAUCACAGUGAGGAGAAUGUUAUAGCUGAAUUGUCUGCAAGUACCCUCCGGCAGCCAGAACGUCUCUCCCACAAUGAGAAAGCAGAUUUAAUUCUGAGCACAAAUGCCAGAUUCAAACAAGUAGCAGCUGAAUGCCAGACGAGUGAAGAUACGUUUUUCUUAUCUAAAGCAGGCUCAGCUCUUGUUAACAUCUUUGUUGGUUACCAUGAGAAGCGUGUCUCUGAUGGAAUGACUACUAACUGCUUCCGAUAUAACGAUGACCUGCUUCAAUACUUGAAUCAGCAGCUGCAACAAAUAAUUUCUUUGAGGCAUACAAAGCUACCUCCUGCACCCAAAUUUACUGUUGAAAUGCAGCGAUCAAUCAGACUGCCUUUUCUUGAUGAGUUAGCUGAGAAAUUUGCCAUUUGGCUCUCGUGA